CUUAUGAGGUUGACUCCCGCUAAUACUGGCACUGAUAUUGGUAGUGUAAUACACCAUGACCAGCAGGGUUCCGUCGAGCUCUCCGUGGCCCGCGAGAUGGCAGGAAGCCUGGGAUGCUUCUCAGCCAGCGUUGGACUCGAUUCGAGGUUCACUGAGCUCGCAUGACGCACCAAGUCCUCGUCCCCUUCGCGUCAACCAAAUGGACUCCGAGCUCCUAGAUCAACAAUUGGUACAUCUACUAUGCGAGCCUCUGCAAAGGGCUCUCGGAAUCGCGAACGCAGCACUAAAGACACGCUUUGAGCCGGAAUUGACCUUGCUCGUUCAGGUCGUCCUUUAUAAGUUCUCGGUCUGGAAUCUCGGGGCGACCUAUGGGGCAAAACUUCAAGGCCUUUCGUAUAGUGCUCCAAUAGACGCAAAAGGUCAAUUAGCCCCCUCGGGACUUCGGCAGCGCACACUCAUCAUGCAUGGCGCUCUCACGAUAUUGUUACCUUACUGUUACAAUCGCUUAAGGACUGGUGCACUUUCUAGAGCUUGGCCUGAUGCGCCAUCAAGUGACAAGCGACGCAUAGCUUGGAAAACCCUCGCGCAUCUUGAGACCACUCAUGCACUGGCUGCUCUCCUUAAUACAAUGGUUUUCCUAUGGAAUGGCCGGUACCGCAGUUUGGCCGAUCGUCUUUUGAACUUGUCAUUGGUCUCCACGAGAAGUAAAAUUACGCGGGAGGUCAGCUACGAGUUUAUGAACCGCCAGAUGGUCUGGCAUGCUUUUACAGAAUUCCUGCUCUUUUUGGUUCCUCUCAUAAGCCCAAGGACCCUCCAGCGGCGCUUUGCGAAGCUCUUAUCACGCCUGACGUCCGCAGUUCUCCCAUCUUCCAGUGACUACAAGGUCCAGCAGCGAAAACGUGGCAAAUACGAGACACUACCAGCAGAUCAAUGUGCGAUAUGCGCGGAAAAUGCAUCAUAUACACUGGGUCUCGGUUACUCAAACACUCUAACGACUUUGGCGCCCUAUUCCUCUGCCCAGGAGAGUAUCUCCCACCCUGCCUCAGUCGACGAAGUACCUGCAUUUCCGAUUUAUACCCCAUACAUCACGUCAUGUGGGCACUUGUACUGUUAUUAUUGCAUCUCUGAACGCAUGAUGCGUACGGCUGAUGAGGGGUCGGAGACUGGCUGGGAGUGUCUGCGAUGUGCAGAGCAUGUUCGAAGCGCCGACAGGUGGGAAGCAGAGGUGUCGGUGGCCAGGGAUUCCGCCUCAGGGAGUGAUUACGAGUUCAGCAGCGAGUUCGGUAACACUGACCUUUCAGGAAGUGUUAGCAGCUACUUGGGAUCUUUAACGGAGUAGACAUAAUAAUCAGACUACAAAUAUCCCUUCCUUCUACAGUCUGAACCAUGCUGCAGGUAUAGUUACAUGACAGCCCUCUAAUUUGACUUGCUAGCUUUCAUCAUG